AUGCACACCUUGGGCCUUUGCAUUCUGAGCCUUUUGGGCCUGGUCGCGAGUUAUGGCCAUCAGCCGCUGCUGAGAAAUAUCAUUAAAGUGCGAGCCAGCGGCUUUAUGCCCUUCGAAUCGGAUCUACUCCUGCCACUGAAUAUCCUGCGGCAGUUGCAGUCCCACGAUCGAUCAUCGCGGUAUAUUGGCCAGAGGCCAAAGCCCGUGGUAAGGCCAAAGGUCAAGCAACAACAACAAAUCAGAUUGGAGAGAGCCCAUCCUUUGCGGGAGGCCAAAGGUGUCCAGCUGUAUAACUUGAUCGAUGACGAUGGUGAACUGCUGCUGAAUCUCAAGGUGCACAACGAUCAGAAGGGCAUGGAACCAGCAAGAGAUUAUCAAGAGGAGAAAUACCAAAGCAGAUACCAGAGCUACGACUCACCAUGGAUGCCCUCGAAGUGGCGACCCACCAGCGAGUUUCCUCUGGGCGUCACCUCCUCCUCGCCACGCCCACUGCCCCUGCAUCAGUAUCUGGGCCAGAAUAGUAAUCACAUCGAUCAAAAUACGGCGAAAAGGAGGCGGCAGGAUAUGUGGCCACACAAAUAAUAAAGGAAACAAAUACAUAUUUAUUUUAUAUUUAACAUAACUCAUUUAAUUGUUUAUUUUUAAACAACACAGCACCC